AUGAAUCAUACUUUAACUUCCAUAUCUGAACCAUUGGCUUCCAUUAUCGUCGAUCCUGACUACGAUCGAGAAAAUCCUGCCGAAGCUAAAUACCGAAGGUUGAUACGAUCUCAUCGUUCAGGCUUGCUAGACAGGGAGCUCAAACCUAAUCCAAGAAUACGCGACGAUUUGAAGAUUAUUCUCAAUUACCCACCAACUAAAGAACUUUCUCCCUCAGAAAAGAACUUAAUGUGGAAGUUUAGAUUUUAUUUAGCUAGGGAUAAGCGAGCCCUUACUAAAUUCUUGAAAAGCGUUACCUGGACUGAUGCUUCGGAGGUUCACCAAGCCGUGGACAUUCUUUUACCGUUGUGGACUGAACCUGAUACUGAGGACGCACUCGAACUACUUGGACCAGGUUUUAUACACCCUAAAGUAAGAUCUUAUGGUGUUAAGCUACUAUCUAGAGCAGACAAUGAGGAAUUGUUGCUUUAUUUGUUACAGCUAGUCCAAGCAAUUAAGUUUGAGACCUCAAAAUAUAAACACUCUCAAAAUAAAUUCAAUCACUUCAACUCUGGCUUGGUAGAUUUAUUAAUUAGAAGAGCUGUACAAAAUGACGUUCUUGGUAAUAAUCUUUACUGGUAUCUCAUGGUAGAGUGCUCUGGAUCUCGUUACGAAAAGCUUUACGCAAGAGUAACUCAUUCAUUCCUGCAAAGUCUAGUGCAAACUCCGAAUGGUAACGAGAAAAGAGAUAUCCUAAAAAAGCAAGCGGAGUUGGUUGAAUGCCUGAGUAAAGUUGCAAAAAGAUUAAGAUCAUCUAAAGAUCCACGUCCAAGAAAGAUAGACAAUCUCAGGAAUGCAAUAAAUGAUUCUCGAAAUCACUUAUCAACUUUACCUAUACCAUUGCCCCUACCCGUUGAUGCACGCACGACAGUCAAUGGAAUAAACGCUGAAAAGUCAUCAGUAUUCAAGUCAAAUCUUUUUCCAAUGCUGCUUUAUUUCCAAAAUAAUAAUGCAACUUCAACUAAUGAAUUUCCUAUAAUUUUCAAAGAUGGUGACGAUCUUAGACAGGAUCAACUCGUUGUUCAAUUAUUUACGCUUAUGGAUAGACUGUUACGCAAAGAGAAUCUCGAUCUUCGUUUGAAGCUGUUUAAGGUAUUAGCAACGGAUACUACAGCUGGUAUGGUCCAGUAUAUCCCUAACAAAACUCUUUCAACAGCCGUGAACGACCACGGUAGCUUACUAGAGUACUUUAAAAAUAGCUUCCCCAAUGAGUCGAGCUUAAUGACUUUUGGUGUUGAGCCAGCUAUUCUUGAUAACUUUGUUAGAAGUUGUGCCGGAUACUGUGUUAUGACUUUCUUACUUGGUGUUGGCGACCGACACUUAGACAAUUUACUCGUUUGUCCGGAUGGUCAUUUCUUUCAUGUUGAUUUCGGAUAUAUUUUGGGGCGUGAUCCGAAGCCAUUUCCUCCGUUACUUAAAAUCAGCAAAGAAAUGGUUGAUGGCAUGGGUGGACCAACAUCAGCACAUUACCAUAAAUUCAAAAGUCUUUGCUUUACGGCAUACAUUACUUUGAGAAAAAACUCUAACCUCAUCUUGAAUUUGAUAUCUCUCAUGGUUGAUGCUAACAUUCCUGACAUACAAAUAGAACCUGACAAAGCAGUCUUGAAGGUUCAAGAAAAGUUUAGGUUGGAUUUGAGCGAAGAGGAUGCUAUCAAACAUUUUGAAGCAUUGCUAAAUGAAACCUCUUACUUGAGUGUUGUAUUUGAUCAAAUCCACAACAUCGCGCAAUAUUGGAGAUCUUAA